CCUCCGCCUCCUUUUUCCGGGCGGGCGAGGAGAGGCUCAAGAUGGCGGCGCCCUUAGCUGAGGAGCUGGAGCGGCUGCUCAACCCGCUGCCCCGCGCCCUGCACGACCCCGAGGACGACCCCGAGGACGCCACCGCAGCCAGGGUGGUUGACAAGUUUGACGAAGGAGAUGAAGAUGAUGUCCUUGCGCUUGGGCACAUACGAAAGGGGGUCUCCUCCCACCUUUUGGAUGCUGAUAAGAGAUACCGUGGGAAGGCCAUAUCCCGCAAAGCUUUGGAGGAAGAGAUGUGGGGAGACGUUCAACUGUCAGAUGAGCAGACUUCAAACAAGGAAGAGGAAACAGAUGAGGAGGAUGCUACCUGCAGUGUUGCCAGCAGCCAGGAGGAGGAAGAAGAAAGGAAACCGCUGGGGAAACUGAAGGAAGAAACUUUCGUUUUCCAAGCUGUGGACGAUUUUGCGAAAUUUGCAGAGGGGAUGGAUGAAAUGGGCAGUGCGACGGAAAUGUUGGAGGAAGAUGAGGAAGAAGACAGUGCUGAAGAAGGCAGCGGAGAUGAGGGAGACGGCAUGGAAGAAGGCAGCGAAGGUGGAACGACAUCGGAGGAAAGCGCCGCGGGGAGCGAGGAGGAGGAGGAGAUGGUGGCGGAUGUGAGGGAGAGUAAACAUCUUGGGGGGCUGUUGCCAUUCUCUAAAGACCGAGUGGCCGAAGAAGUUGCUAAAGGAAAAGCCGUGAAGAAUCAAAUAGCUCUGUGGGAUCAGCUCUUGGAAGGGCGAAUUAAACUGCAGAAGGUUCUCCUGACAGCCAACCAGCUUCCCCAGCCAGAUACCUUCCUGGAGUUCAAGAAAAGAGGAGGACAGGAGUUUGCCACUGCACUCAAGAACAAUUACAAAGCCCUCAAGGCUUUGCUGAGGACCCUGGUGGAUCUCCAAGACGAGCUUUUGCACCAAUACUCUGGCACAAGACAUCUGGUAGAUGGAGAGCAAGGGAAAGAGGAGAGCAACGAAGAGAUCCCAAGCAGCGACGAUGACGAUGACAAAGCUGAGACGGAAGACAAGGAGAGGAAGAGGCCACCCAAGCGGAAGCUGGGAAUGGAGGAUUACCCAGAGUUCGCGGCCAAGCGGUUUGCCGACUUCCGGGCCUAUCGGAACAGCACGCUGCAGAAGUGGCACGAUAGGACCAAGCUGGCUUCUGGGAAGCUGGGGAAGGGUUUUGGUGCCUUUGAGCGUUCCAUCCUGACUCAGAUCGACCACAUCUUGAUGGACCGAGAGAGGUUGCUCCGGCGGACGAGGACCAAGCGGUCAGCCUACAGGGUGCUGGGGAAGCUGCAGCCAGCCCCUGAGCCGUUGCCAGCGACUUUGCCAGGACAGGAGGAGGCCCUUCCGACAACAACAUCCAACGUGCACCUCAAAGACCUGGACGAGGAGAUCUUUGACGACGACGACUUCUACCAUCAGCUCCUCAGGGAACUUAUUGAACGUAAAACCAGCUCCUUGGAUCCCAACGACCAGGUGGCAAUGGGCAGGCAAUGGCUGGCUAUCCAGAAAUUGCGCAGCAAAAUCCGGAAGAAAGUGGACAAAAAGGCUAGCAAAGGAAGGAAAAUUCGGUAUCACGUCCACAGCAAGCUGGUCAGCUUUAUGGCCCCGAUUGACCAUUCCACGAUGACUGAUGAUGCCAGUACGGAACUUUAUCGGUCCCUCUUUGGCAAACGGCCACAUCUCGAAGGAGGCGACCACGCUUAGUGUUGUGCUGCCACAAGUCCUGAACCUAGGAGAGGGGAACGCCCACCACAUUCGGACACUAUCCAUCGCUCUGCGACUUCUCCUGCUCCCUUCCCUUCCUCCCAUGUCGAUGGAGCCGUCGUUUCUUGAGCAUAACCAGGACCACCCACCCUACUUGAUCCGGUUGAGAACCCCCCGGAGGUAUCUCCACUUCCUUGGAGUCGGAAUGCUCCUGGAAGCUCAAACCUCAAGGCUCACCCAACACAUGACAACCUCAGCGAAGAUGGGUUCACACGGUGAAGUGUGUCUUGGAAGCGUUGGGCAACUGCUCUGCCAAACUGUGCCCCCCCCAUA